UUAGAUUUAGAAUUCUUCAACAUUUGAUUCUUUACAAUUUUUUCUGUUAACAGUCAUUAUAUAUUUCACUAGCCAUCGAGUUACAUUAAAUUCAAAAAAUGAAACUGUUAUACACAGUUACUUUAUGGUUUUUAAUAAAGUUGUUCCUAAUAAAACCUAUACAAGCCUCCACUUUAGUACAUACAACAUCUUUGAAGGAUAAGCUGCUGGAUUUCUAUGGCAAAGGAUUAAAUUCUAUAUCCGAAAGUUUUUUAAAGAAAGCAAAUGAUUUGUGUAAAGAGUUACUAAAGGAUGAAAAAGUACAAAGGGCCUCAACACCUAUUUUUAAAGAGUUAAAAAAGAAUUUAACCGAUUUUUUACACGAUUAUCCAAAGUUUAAGCAUUAUGGUUUAGUAAAUCCCUUGGCUAUAAUUUUUGAUGAAAAAUUGCAGAUACCCUUAAGCCAUAGCAAGGACUUCCAAUACAUUUGGGAGUUAAUACGAAAAAACGGAUAUGAUGCCCUUAAUAUGGACUAUGAGAGUGAAUAUAAAAGAUUUAUUGAACAAAAAUUUAUACCUAAAUUUAAAGAAUUAAAGGCUCAACUAUCGCCUCAAGAAUUAGGUCAACAAGAUGAUUUAUUUAACUGGUUUAGACAACUGGAAAGGUGUACAGAUAAUCUCUGCUUGCAUGAUCUAUUCACAACCUUCGUUCUCCUGGAUCGAACUCCAAAAAAUGAGCUACAGGAGUACGUUGACAAUAAACUAGCUAAGCUAAAUAUGUUCUAUUGUUACGCGGCAUACGAUAUACUAAAGAACGUAUUAAAGGAUUCGAGAUUUACACAAAUUAGUAGUCCGCUUAUGCAAUACUUAACUAUAGAUAUCAAUGAGUUUACUAUGAAUUUUGAAUCUAACGAAGACAUUGAUGAUUUGCAGACAGAGAUCGAAACUUUUAAUGAAAAUAUAUUACAAAAAUAUUACUAUAAUACGGAUAUUCCUAAUAAGGAUCAUAAAUUGAUUGUAGACAUUUUCAAUGCGCAUGGCUAUGCGAAAUUAUUUUUGAAAUAUCAAUUGAAAUUUAACAAUUUUAUUGAUAAUGAACUUUCUAAUAAAAUUCUGGAAUAUAAAACAAAAAUAAUUGAAGAGACAUUGGCCAAAGAGCAGAAAAUGUUGAAAAGCUUUGAAGACUUGAAGAGUUUAAAUGAUAGUUCUAUGAGAUAUGAAAAGUUUAUGAAAUUUUAUAAUUUACUAUAAAA